AUGCAGCGUCAGAACAAGAUACGGCCGCCGAAGCGGUCACUCCGACAUGAAACAGACGAAUUCGACCAGCAGUGGGACGUCCUCAGAGAGGCGCUCACGGACAUUCACAACAGAAAUUCCAGCCGCCUCUUAUUCGAGCAUUUAUACCGAGCCAGCUACAAGAUCGUGCUUAAGAAGCAAGGCGAGCGUCUCUACACGCUCGUGCAAGAGUUUGAGGGGAAAUGGUUUGCCGAACAGGUUAUCCCACAGCUCCAAGCCAUGAUCGCCCCCAACCUGAUCAAUGUUGCGGUGGAGGCUGGUACCAGUGCCCAUGAGCGCCGCGAGAUGGGUGACACGUUCAUGAAGGGCCUCAAAGAAGCAUGGGAGAACCAUCGGAUGUCGAUGAACAUGGUUGCUGACAUCUUAAUGUACCUGGAUAAGGGUUUCCUUAAGGAGAGCCGGGGAACCUCGAUAUUUGUCACGACGAUAGGCUUGUUUCGUGACCACCUUGUCAACCCUAAUACCGUCGUCGGCCACGACAGGACGUUCAGCCUCUUCGAUAUCCUUAGCACUGUCAUACUCGACCACAUAGACAUGGAGCGCGAGGGAGACGUCAUCAACCGUUCUCUCAUCCACAGCUGUGUCAAGAUGCUGGAAGAUCUCUACGAAACCGACGAGGAGAUGGAUGCCGAUCGAUUGUAUCUCGUUCGCUUCGAGCCACACCUACUCGAGGCAAGUCGGACGUUCUACAGAAGUGAGGCUCUGAAGUUAUUGCGGAACGGUGACGCCAGCAUUUGGAUACGCCAGACACAUAGGAGGUUAUUGGAGGAGGAGGACAGGUGCAAGACGACCCUGUCCACCUUGUCGAUCGAAAAGAUGACGCGAGCGGUAGAGGCGGAGCUGAUCUCUGCACAUCUCAACGAUUUCCUUGCACUAGAGAACAAUGGCUUGAGGCAAAUGCUGGACGACGAUCGCGUUGAGGAUUUGGCCAUCCUCUAUCAGCUCGUCGCCAGGGUAGACCCGUCAAAGGAUUUGUUGAAGAAGGGUGUUCUCAACCGCAUCCUGGCUCUAGGUGCUGAGAUUGAGAAGAAUCUCAGCACGAUAGAUUUUUCUGUCGCUCAAGGCGACGCAGCAGAGAAUCCAGCAGCAGAAAAGCCCAAGUCUCAGGCUUUGUCACAGCAAGCUCAGCAGACUGCCGCAGCCAUUAAAUGGGUCCAUGAUGUUUUGGACUUAAGGGCAAAAUUUGAUGUUAUUUGGGAGAAAUCAUUCGCUCAAGACCCGGGCCUACAAACUACCAUGACCAAAGGCUUUUCAGAUUUCAUCCACCAGUUUGGGAGAAGCUCUGAGUUUGUUUCGCUCUACAUUGACGAGAAUCUGAAGCGAGGCAUUCGCGGCAAGUCAGACUUGGAAGUCACAGCCAUCUUGGAUAGGUCGAUCGUCAUGAUCAGGUACCUAAAGGAUAAGGAUCUAUUUGAGAGAUAUUACCAGAAGCAUCUUGGACGGAGGCUCCUACACAGCAGAGCCUCCAGCGAGGAAGCAGAGAAGCAGCUCAUUACCAUGAUGCAGCUGGAGUUGGGCAAACACUUCACUUCCAAGUUCGAAGGCAUGUUCAAGGACAUCACUAUAUCAGAAGAGCUGUCGACCAAGUAUGGCGAGCACAUUCGCUCGCUGGGUGACGUGGAUGUCCACCACAAACCGAUCGACUUGGCUAUCAGCGUCUUGACCAGCAACAGCUGGCCACCAGAUGUUAUGGGCCGCCCUGCCCAAGUAGGACGUGGUGAUGGGCCGCCUGCAGUGGACUGCAACUACCCACCCGAGAUCAAGCGUUUGCAAGACAGCUUUUUCAAGUUCUACCUGAAGGAUCGCAGUGGCAGGGUCUUGACCUGGAUAGGUUCAGCGGGCAGCGCAGAUAUUAAAUGCGUAUUUCCGCCAGUCAAGGGCAUGUCAGGCCCGCUUAGUCGGGAGCGACGAUAUGAACUAAACGUAUCGACUUAUGGAAUGGUCGUUUUGAUGCUGUUCAACAGCCUCGAAGACGGCGAGACUCUAAGUUUCGAAGACAUUCAGGCAGAAACCAGUAUCCCUCCCAAAGAUUUGUCUAGGGCUCUUGCAUCUUUGUCGAUCAACCCCAAAGCUCGAGUUUUACUCAAGGACCCUGCGACCAAGACUAUCCGACCUGGCGACAAGUUCUCAUUCAAUGCAGGCUUUGUCAGCAAGGCAAUCAAGAUCAAGGCGCCGGUCAUAAACUCGCAGUCCAAGGUCGAAGGUGACGAAGAGCGUCAACGGACUGAGGACAAGAAUGAUGAGACACGACGACAUAUGAUCGAUGCAGCCAUAGUGCGCAUAAUGAAGUCUCGCAAGGAGCUCGCACACAACGCCCUUCUCGCCGAGGUCAUUGGGCAGCUUGUUUCAAGAUUCCAGCCAGACGUAGCCAUGAUCAAGACCCGAAUCGAGGAUUUGAUUGCUCGAGAGUAUCUAGAGCGUCUAGACGAUUCUGGUUACAAGUACAUGGCAUGA